AUGAAGUAUAAAGGCAAGGGUGUUGAAGGUGUUUCUGAUGUUUCUGAGAGGGCAAUUAUUCCAUCUUCUGUUUCUGAGUCUCCUGUUCAGAAUCCUCGUCCUAUUUCUGUUGUUUCUGAAGUUGAAGAGGAUGAUGAAGAUAAAACAGAUGAUGCAGGCGAUGUAUUCUCUGCUAGUAGCCAUAGUGAUGAUGAUAAUGAUGACGAUGGUGAAGGUGGCACAGGCGUUAAAGUUACAGAAGCGUCUAAUGAAGAGAAUGUCGAUGAUUAUCUUCAUGACGAUGUGAAUGAAGAGCCUGAGGAUGCUACAAGUGAGGGGGAGAACGUUGAUGAUCAGAACGUUGAUAAAAGAGAAAAGUUGAUUUUGCGUCUAGAGCCUGAGGUUGAGGAAGAUUAUCAGUAUAAGUAUGUGGAAGAAGCUGAUAAUUAUGAUAGGGUUGAGGUUGAAGACUGCAGCGAUGAAGAAAAUGUGAAUGCAGAUACUUCAAACUUUCCAACGCUUGUUGAGUUUUUCAGUCAAGCAAACGUAGAUGAGUUGAGGAGGAAAGUUGCAGAAUGUUUGAAAGAUAAAGACUUUGAUGGUACUACGAAAGAUGCACAGCGUGAAGAAUGCUAG